AUGGCGCCGCACCAGGGGCGGCCUUGGGAAAAAGAAUGGGAGCGAGCCGCACCUCUCCUCCACACCUUCGCCGCUAAGCUGAGCGAACUAGCGCCGGUGCCGCUGAGAGUGCUGCGAGUCAAUCAGCUGGAUGCAUCGCUCCUCGAUAACGAACUCACCUCCAUCAUCAAGACCUCCUUCACCAAAAUAUUCUCCCUCUUCCGACCAUCGCUCAUCGACAGAUUUACGCCCGAGCUCGAUGCCUUCCUCUACUUCAUUAUGUACAGACUCUCACUCUACGCCACGGGAUCAACGUACGGUCAACGAUUGCAGAAUCUCACCUAUCGAGAUGAGCGACAGGACUACCUACAAGCGACCCAGCGGAUCAUCCCACCCUCAACACUGCAGAAGAUUAUGUGGGGCGUGCUGCACAUUGGAGGCGCAUGGGCUUGGGCAAGGCUCAAUCGUCUGGCAUCGGAUCGAACAUGGGCCGAACGAGACGAAGACGACGUCUACAAAACGCUGUGGAAAGUACUGAACUACCUGGAGGUCGCGUGGAAGGCACUCACGCUGCUCAACUUUGUGGCCUUCCUCUACAACGGAAAGUACAUGAGCCCGGUCGACAGGCUCCUGGGCAUGCGCCUCGUCUAUGCACGUCCAUCGGUCGCCCGCUUUGUCAACUUCGAGUUCAUGAACAGGCAGCUCGUGUGGCACGGCUUUUCGGAGUUCCUCAUGUUCUUGACGCCCCUCAUCAACGCCGACCGAAUCAAACGAACCAUCUACCGCCUCUUCAAGUUCCGCAACAAACUGAGUCCCUCGCUGGGCAAUGCCGGGUGUGGAGUGUGUCAAGCAGACCCUGCGCACUCACCUUACCUGUCAGAUUGCGGGCACCUGUUCUGCUACUACUGCAUCAAGACGGCGAUGAUGGUCGAUCGGAGCUAUGCGUGCCCGAGCUGCAAUCACCAGAUCAAGCAGAUCAAGCCCUUCACCCUCGGCGCUCUCUCUGCCUCUGCCACCGAUGAGUAG